GGGACCCCUUCCCCUGCCCGGGCUAGUUGGGGUGACCGGCGGGACGGCGGUGCGGCAGCAGCCAGGGGCCCCUCACCGAGGCUGUGGGUGCCGCAGUGAGCCCGUGGGACAGCUCACGUCAUGGUCGACUACUACCAAGCGCUGGGUGUGAGCCGCAAUGCCACGGCUGAGGACAUCAAGAAGGCGUACAGGAAGGCUGCACUGAAAUGGCACCCGGAUAAAAACCCAGACAACAAGGAGUAUGCUGAGCAGAGGUUCAAGGAGAUCGCCGAGGCGUACGAAGUGCUGUCGGACAAGCAGAAGCGCGAUGUGUAUGACCGCUAUGGCAAGGAUGGACUCAUGGGAGCGGCAGGACCAGGAGGCUCCAGGGCCAGUGCCGGGGCCCCCGAAUUCACCUUCACGUUCCGCAGCGCUCACGACGUUUUCCGGGAGUUCUUUGGCGGACGAGACCCCUUUGCUGAAUUCUUUGAUGACAUGAUGCCCUUCUCUGAGCUGCGAGGACCCGGCCCCCGGCACCAUGGGGGAGGCCACUUCUUUUCUCCCUUUCCAGGAUCCUCAGAUUUCUUCGCCUCAUCCUUCAGCUCGGGUGCAGACGCAGGGCUGGGCUUCCGCUCUGUUUCCACCUCCACCACGUUUGUUAAUGGCAGGCGUAUCACCACCAAGAGGAUUAUUGAGAACGGGCGGGAGCGGGUGGAAGUGGAGGAGGAUGGGGAGCUGAAGUCGAUCCACAUUGAUGGUGUUCCUGAUGACAUGGCGCUGGGGCUGGAGCUGAGCCGGCGGGAGCAACAAGCCAUCUCCAGGCCACGGCCCCCCUCACCACCAGCACCGGCCCCACAGCAGACCUCGAGCUCCUCACCCGUCUGCCUCUACACGGAUAGCGAGGAUGAGGAUGAGGACUUGCAGCUGGCCAUGGCCUACAGCCUGUCUGAGAUGGAAGCUGCGGGGCACCACCAAGCAGGUGUGUUCUGAGGCUGCUGCGCCCGGCGACCGCGCACGCCCACUCGCCCACGGAAGCUCUCCCAGGCAGGACUCCGCUUUCUCCCUGCACGGCCAUCCCCUGCCACCCCCUUCCCCCAGCACCCUCUGGCUCCAUGGGACGCGGUGAGGGGGGGCAUAUGGCAGGGCUUAUGGCCGAGCAAUACCUGGGGCUGGGGGAGAGCCCUGGGCACCACAGGGUGGUGUGGAGAGGGGGGUGAUGGGGGUUGCUGUAGAGUAGGCUGCUGGGGGAUGCUGGCUGUA